AUGCGGCUGCGCAGAAGCGGCUGCGCAGAAGCGGCUGCGCAGAAACGGCUGCGCAGAAACGGCUGCGCAGUAACGGCUGCGCAGAAACGGCUGCGCAGAAACGGCUGCGCAGAAACGGCUGCGCAGAAGCGGCUGCGCAGAAGCGGCUGCGCAGAAGCGGCUGCGCAGAAGCGGCUGCGCAGAAGCGGCUGCGCAGAAACGGCUGCGCAGAAACGGCUGCGCAGAAACGGCUGCGCAGAAGCGGCUGCGCAGAAGCGGCUGCGCAGAAGCGGCUGCGCAGAAGCGGCUGCGCAGAAGCGGCUGCGCAGAAACGGCUGCGCAGAAACGGCUGCGCAGAAACGGCUGCGCAGAAGCGGCUGCGCAGAAGCGGCUGCGCAGAAGCGGCUGCGCAGAAGCGGCUGCGCAGGAACGGCUGCGCAGGAACAGCUGCGCAGGAACAGCUGCGCAGGAACAGCUGCGCAGGAACAGCUGCGCAGGAACAGCUGCGCAGAAGCGGCUGCGCAGAAGCGGCUGCGCAGAAGCGGCUGCGCAGAAGCGGCUGCGCAGAAGCGGCUGCGCAGAAGCGGAUGCGCAGAAGCGGCUGCGCAGAAGCGGCUGCGCAGAAGCGUCUGCGCAGAAGCGUCUGCGCAGAAGCGUCUGCGCAGAAGCGUCUGCGCAGAAACGGCUGCGCAGAAGCGGCUGCGCAGAAGCGGCUGCGCAGAAGCGGCUGCGCAGAAGCGGCUGCGCAGAAGCGGCUGCGCAGAAGCGGCUGCGCAGAAGCGGCUGCGCAGAAGCGGCUGCGCAGAAGCGGCUGCGCAGGAACGGCUGCGCAGGAACGGCUGCGCAGGAACGGCUGCGCAGGAACGGCUGCGCAGUAACGGCUGCGCAGUAACGGCUGCGCAGAAACGGCUGCGCAGAAACGGCUGCGCAGAAGCGUCUGCGCAGAAGCGUCUGCGCAGAAGCGUCUGCGCAGAAGCGUCUGCGCAGAAGCGUCUGCGCAGAAGCGUCUGCGCAGAAGCGUCUGCGCAGAAGCGUCUGCGCAGAAGCGUCUGCGCAGAAGCGGCUGCGCAGAAGCGGCUGCGCAGAAGCGGCUGCGCAGAAGCGGCUGCGCAGAAGCGGCUGCGCAGAAGCGGCUGCGCAGAAGCGGCAGCGCAGAAGCGGCUGCGCAGAUGCGGCUGCGCAGGAGCGGCUGCGCAGGAGCGGCUGCGCAGGAGCGGCUGCGCAGGAGCGGCUGCGCAGGAGCGGCUGCGCAGGAGCGGCUGCGCAGGAGCGGCUGCGCAGGAGCGGCUGCGCAGGAGCGGCUGCGCAGGAGCGGCUGCGCAGGAGCGGCUGCGCAGGAAUGUGAUAAAUCUUCUUGAUUAG